GAACAGGUCCUCUGCUCAUGCGGAAGAGGAAACGCCUUGUACUUUCCGUGAACUACGGUGUCUCGGAAGGGGCUGGGGCUCCCUCGAAUGGCGGUGCGAAAGCAGAGUGGCUUGAGUCAGCUCCCUGGCAGGUUUUAUUGAAGAAACAGAGAUUCAUCCCAUUUCUAAGAUUAAUAUUUACAAUUUGGAUUUGUCGACCUUCUUGUAAGAUAUAUUUGGCAAUCAAAAUGAAAGCUUUCUUUGAAGUUUUAGAACAAUUAUACAGGAAAGUACUUCUUGGAGCCACACUUGAAAAUGACAGCCGUGAUUACAUCUUUUAUCUCAACCCAGCAUUUUCAGAUCAAGAUUGCUCUACAACCACCUCCUCAGACUGCUCAAACAUCCUUGAUCUUCAGGGCAAGCAUCAGCCAUCCUCUGUCAAUUUGGCUACCCCUUCUGUAGCACCUGUGUGUUUGCAGAGACAUUUUCAGAUGAGCAGUACCCGAGAAAUAAUGCUCCUUCAGUUAACAGUGAUCAGAGUGAUGAUAACCAGAAUAUUAUCUGCCGAAACUGAAUUGCAUGCAAAGGAGAAAUAUAGAGAUAUAAUUAAAAUUCUUUUAAAAUCAUCUGACAUCGAUUCUAAACUAACCUGUAUGUUCCAAAACUCGGAUAAAUUGUUAUCUCACAUGGCUGCAAAGUGCCUUGCACUACUUCUGUAUUUCCAAUUGAAGGAAAAGAUAACAUUGAGUAAUUCCUGGAUUUCUUUUUGCCAAAAAAAUCUUUCUGAACAUUCUGAAAGUGAUAAAGUAGUAUACUGCCUCUGGAUGCUUACCUUUGUAAUAAAAGAAAUCUUUAAAGAUACAUGUUCACAAAAAACAGAAAUUCUAAAGCAGUUCCUGACUCCUUUUGACACUAUUUUUGAAGUCUUUUACAAUUCCUUAUUUUCUCAGCAUUUUGAAAACAACCAAGAUACUUCUAAACUAAUAAACAGCUUGAUAUGUUUCCUGGAAUUGCUUGAACUUCUUAUAGCCUCCAGAAUCCACCUGAAGUUACAUUUCACUUGCCAGAGGAUGUUAUUUUUGAAACCUUCUUGUGUGUUCGACGUUAUUACCUGGCCUAUUCAGGCUUUUGUCAAAAGGAAAUUCAUCAUAUUCAUCAAAAAGUGCCUUCUCUGCAAAGUGGGUGAAGACCUUUGUCGGGGAUCUGUCCCUACCUUCAUGGCACCAGAUCAUCCUUUAGAUGUGGACCUGUUGGCUUUGGCUGAUGCUGUUCUGCAAGCUGUGGAUUUGGGCUUGUUGAGGACACUGUCUGUCUAUGGAAAACCCUCCUGCUUUGGAGGCGAUGAAGUCCAACCUGGAUGUGAGUGUGUCCCUGGUCCAGAUCAUGUGAUCCUUAGAGCAGCGAGCUUACUUAUCAUUAGAUCCUUAGAAAUCAAGUUUCAAAAUGGUGCUUCAGCAAAUGAAAUGAAAGUUGAUUUACAGAGGUUCAUGUCUGAGUUACUGACCUUCUUAAAGCCUCACCUUCAGCCGUCUCUGCAAUCACACAAUCUUUGUGAGUGGUUGUCUAGGGUCUUCAUAGAACAAGACGAUGACAUGCUGGAGGCUGCCAAAACAGCAAUGGGCAUCUACCUGAAGUUGACCAGAGAAUGUGAAGCUACUGAAAGCUUGACCCAAGAAAAAGAAAUGUGGAACCAUCACACACAUGAAAAUGGCUAUAAUCCACACUGUAUUUUUUUAUUCUUAUUAAAAAAUAUAGGAUUUGACUCUACAGUUCUUCUUGAUUUUUUGAUUUCAUCAGAAACCUGUUUUCUUGAGUAUUUUGUUAGGUAUUUAAAAUUAUUGCAAAAAGACUGGGAUAAUUUUUUCACCAUUUGCAAGUACUUUGAUAUAACUGAAUCUAAAGAUAACGUAAAUAUUUGUUGUUGUAUCUCCUCACUUGUCCAAGACAGAAGCAGCAACCAAACAGAACCUAGGCCUUUGGCUGUUCUUGGUAAUCACAGAGAUGUUCAUGCUUGGGUCUCUUGGGCUUCUGAAGCUUCUUCUGAACCACUGAACCAUGCUGUGAUGUCUGAGGAGGCCCAGGCCACACUCCAGGCUAAUAGUCUGCCUCCCCCACGAACUUCUCAAAGUCUGGUAGAUUAUGAAACCUCUGAUGAUUCUGAAGAAGAAUCCACAGACCAGCGUUUAGCAAACAGUAGACUAACAUCUUUACACCAAGAAGCAAUGAAGAAAAUUCAGGACACAAUUGGAACAAGCAGGGAUAAAAAAGAACUUAGCCUGGAGUCUCAGUCAAGGUCUCUGGUUCCCAAAGAAUCUAAUACUCCCUUCUCUGUUGAUUGUCACAUAGGCCCAAAUAACAUUGCUUCUAAAGUGGGAAUAUCUUACAGAACAGUAAAGUGCUUUGAAGAGCUACAAGGUGCCAUUUAUCGUUUGCAGAAGAAAAAUCUGUUCCCAUAUAAUCCAACAGCACUUUUGAAGUUGUUAAAACAUAUUGAGACAAUAUAUAAUAGAAGUAUGACUCCUUUGUAAAACAGGAACUGGUUUUCCCUAAUAUAAUUGUGCCUUAAUGAGAUAACAGUAAAAAAAAAAAAAAAAAACUUCAAAAGGGUUUUCUAACAUGCUUUUCCUUUGCCUUUUGGAAGCUGCCUAGUGACUGAAAAAGAUAUAUCAAAUGAUAAGUCACUUGAUACAAGUACAGUGCUCAAAAUUUAUGGUAGUUCACCUUACACAAAUUUGGGAUAGUUAUUGUAUUAGUUUCUUAUUGCUGCUGUAAAAAUUACCACAAACUUGGUGGCUUAAAACAACAGAGAUUUAUCCUUUCACAGUUCUGGAGGCUAGAAGUUCAAAAUCAAGAUGGCUACAGGGCCACACUUUCUCUCAAGGCUCUAGGGGAGAAUCCUUCCCUGCCUCUUCCUAGCUUCUGGCCAUUGCUGGCAAUCCUUGGUACUCCUGGACUUGUAGCUGCAUCACUCCAGUCUCUUUCUCUGUUGUCACAUGACAUUUUCCCUGUGUGUCUAUCUGUAUCCAGUUUCCCUCUUGUAAGGACACCAGUCACUGAGUUACGGCCCACUCUGAUCCAGUGUGACCGCAUCUUAGCUUAAUUAUAUCAGCAAGUACCCUGUCUCCAACAAAUAAGGUCACAUGCACAGGUUCUGGGUAGAUGUGAAUUUUGGGAGGGACGCUGUUUAAGCCAGUAUGGUUAUUAUUUCUCCCUGAGGUAUUUACAUGUAAUGUGAUAUGUAAAAAACUUAAAUCUUGGGCUUCCCUGGUGGCGCAGUGGUUGAGAGUCCGCCUGCCGAUGCAGGGGACACGGGUUCGUGCCCCGAUCCCGGAAGAUCCCACAUGCCGCGGAGCGGCUGGGCCCGCGAGCCAUGGCCGCGGAGCCUGUGUGUCCGGAGCCUGUGCUCCGCAACGGGAGAGGCCACAGCAGUGAGAGGCCCGCGUACAGCAAAAAA